AUGUCAACAUCCUACCUUAUCAUCUUAACAGGAAUCAUCGAAAAACUUGACUACAUCAAAGAGCUAGGAGUAGAUGCAAUUUGGAUUCAGCCGGUGUAUAGAUCUCCUAUGGUUGACAUGGGAUAUGACCCUUUAACCAUGAGAGAAAUCGACCCAAUUUUUGGAACCCUAGAGGACAUGAAAAACCUUAUUCGAGCAUCACACGAUAGGGACUUGAAAGUAGUGAUGGAUAUUGUGGUGAAUCAUUUAAGCGACCAAAGCGAUUGGUUCAAACGCUCUGUGAAUAGAGAGGAUCCAUUUACUGAUUAUUUUAUCUGGCACGAUGGAAAGCGAAUCAAUGAUACUCACGUAGUUGAACCAAAUAAUUGGGUAAGUCUCUUUUCUCGGAGGGAAUCUGCCUGGGCAUGGAAUGAAAAUCGACAACAGUACUACUUUUAUCAAUUUUCCGAGCAACAGCCUGAUUUAAACUACCACAAUCCAAAAGUUCAAGAGGAAAUGGAUGUGAGUAGAGCAAUACCCCCUAUCCUUUUCCAUUUUCUAUGAGUAAUGCAUACUCUGUUUUAUCUAGA